GGGGAGUCUGGGGAGCUGCGGCGGCUCCGGCACCGAGCGCCGUGGAGCGGGGCAGGGGGGGACCGGGCUCCGGGAGGGCUCCCCGCGAAACGCCGCCACGCGCGGGCCGCGUCAGCGCCCGAGCCCGUCCCGCGGCCUCUCGCUGCGGGCGAGGAGACGCCGGGGCCGGGGCCGUGCGGUCACGGCAGCGGAGAGGGGCCGGGGCACAGGGCUCGUGUCGUACCGUUACCGAGAGCUGCGACCGGGAACCUGGAUAUCGCCAACGCUUUCACCAGCCUUGUCCCGGAAAAAUGAUUUCUGAAAGCAGCUCCUUCAUCAAGGGUGUGGUGCUUGGAGGAGUCUUCUGCAUGUUGGUUACACUCCUCGGACACAUUAAGGUGGGCCACGGGACCAAAGCACAUCACCACGAGCAUCAUCACAUCCAGGCUCCCAACAAGGAAGAUGUCUUAAACCUUUCAGAAGGUGAACGUGUGGAGCUUAGUAAAAACAUCAAUGUUUACUGUAUCAUCCUUGUCAAACCAAAAGAUCUGGGGCACUGGGCUGCAGCAAGGGAGACCUGGAGCAAGCACUGUGACAAGGCAGAAUUCUACAGUUCAGAAAAGGUCAAAGUGUUCGAUUCUGUAGCCGUCAACACAAACGAUAUGUGGGCGAUGAUGCGGAAAGCUUACAAGAUAACGUACGAACGCUAUAAGGAUGAAUUCAGCUGGUUCUUCCUUGCAUAUCCAACAACAUUUGCUAUAAUUGAAAAUCUCAAGUAUUUCUUACUGAAAAAAGACCCCUCUCAGCCUUUUUACAUAGGCCACACUGUGAAAUCUGGUGACCUUGAGUAUGUAGAUGGCGAGGGAGGGAUCGUCUUAAGCAUUGAGUCGCUAAGACGACUCUCCCGUGUUCUUGAAGACCCUGACAAGUGUCCAGAGCAGGGAGGCAUGAUUUGGAAACUGGCAGAGGACAAACAGCUGGCAAUCUGCCUGAAGUACAGCGGCGUGUUUGCCGAAAACGCUGAAGAUUCCGAAGGGAAAGACGUCUUUAACACUAAAUCCGUGGGGGCCCUCAUUAAGGAGGCCAUGUCCACGCACCCGCAGCAGGUGGUGGACGGCUGCUGCUCCGACAUGGCCAUCACCUUCAGCGGGCUGGCCCCCAACCACAUGCACGUGAUGAUGUACGGCGUGUACAGGCUCCGGCCCUACGGCCACUCGUACAGCGACGCCCUGGUCUUCCUGCCCCCUCCGGGCUCGGACAAUGACUGACGGGUCCUCAGGAAAGGCCUGGAACCCUGGGGUUGGCUCUUCUCACAACACACAGUUGUACUGACACAUUCUGGUACUGGUGUACAGGUUCUUUUGCACACUGAGGGUUGGUAAAGCUCUUAAUUUUAAAAGUGGAAGGAGAAUUUUUUUCUAAAUAUUUUAUAGAGAAAUGCUUCUGGCUUUUGACAGUGCUGGAAUGAAAUGAUAAAAAGAAGAUGUUAAUGUUUAUUAUAAAAGGAAAUUAAGUUUAUAGGGGGGUUUUGUACAUGUAAAUAUUUAUUAAUGAAAACUGAAAUGAACUUUAGUCUACUCUUUAAAAUAUAUUUUUGCAAUACUUUGAUUAUUUCAGUUCUUCCUGGCAUUUCUAGAAUGUCUUUAUAUCUUUCUAAGUUGUACCAAUAAAACUGACUACAGA